AUGCAGCAGCCAAUGGGCCGUCCAGUCACUGCUAAAACUUCCCUUCCUCCGGGUAUUCCAGGACCUCCCCUCGCAUACCUACUGCUGCAAGUGACCCUAUUUCGUAGCACUACUCGUCGAGCCUUGCCUCUCAAGCACCCUGCAGUUAGAGUUGUCUGGUGGGGUGAGGAUAGUUGUGACGGAGAUAUGGGUUGCCUCUAUCUUGACGUUAUUGAUGAAUCCAAAGGAACAAUCAUAGGUCGGGGGAAGGUGGAAAAUCUUGGACGGCUGACACCUCGUAAUCCAAUUAAAAGCGUUGUAGCUGUGGCUAAUGCAAGAGCCUCAAAAAUAGGCGAAUUGACUGUCAGUCUCUCCUAUGAGCUACUACAAGGUGCUCAAUCGCAUGGCCUCCUCAAGAAACACCAAAGUCUGCCUCGAGUGACUUCUUUGCCCCUGAAAUGUCAUCAUUCAUUGGCUUCUCAAACCUCCAUUUCCAAUCCGACAAUUAAUGUAUUUGAUACCGACGAUUACAAUCAUGAGGGACCUACAUUGAAGAGCAAUGGGGAAAUAACGGUCCAAGAUAAUAAUUUGAAUAAAGACAAGGAUAUGAAGGUCAUAUCGCUGGUGGAUGCUAACAAUGAAUCAACUCUCAGUAUGGAGGUGGUAGCACGCAUUCAAUCAGCCUUGGAGGAGAGUCGUCGAGUGCGUCAACAGGUCUUGGCUGAAAUCAACACUGAUGCUGGACGGGUGGAGAGAACGCCCGCCAUAGAACCCAAUCCUACGGCCAUUAAUCAAUCAGAUGAUGAUGAUGAUGAUGAUGAUGAAUACCUUGGAGUAGAGAAAGGUGAUUUCAUUUUGAAUCAACCUGAACUCCAUCCAAGUCCUAGAGUGACUACUUCACAGCCAGAAAUGCCCUUUGGUUUGCCUGACAGUGUAAACAGUCUGUUUGAUGAUGACUGUUGGGACGUCUGCACAGACACAGAUCUGGAAAGGGACAUUGUCAUUGACAACGCUCUUCUUCCCCGUCACGAUGUGACUCCACAAUCUGAUGUCAAUGUCAGCAACCGAGUUGAGGACCUAGCCAAUGUGGAUAGGUCAGGCAGAGAGGUGGCCAAGGCAACAAAGAAAGCGACUAGUGCAAAUUCACCCACACCGCUCUCAAAGAAGACAUCCCCAGACCCACCUUAUGAGCGCAGAGCUCCCCCACGUCGAAACAUGGUAGCACAUCAACUACAGAAAACACGAUUAAGUAAUGCUGGUGGAGGGAUGCGAGCAAAAAGCGGUCUACAGAGGCCUAAAACCGGUCGAAUUCUACAAAAGAGAUCCAGUGAUAAGUCACCAAUCAAGGGCAUGUCAGUUCAAGGGACAACUGUUCCCAGUAACAACUCCUGGGAAUUGUAUAUGGAGAUACUGGUUCCUGCUGAUCUAGUUGAAGAGGAAUCAAACACGGGUUUGUCUUUUCAACCCUUGAUAGAAAAUCUUACCCUCUGGUGCCAACGCAUUCACCUUUGCCGAGGCAUUUCCAAGCAUUCUGCGCCUAGUCUCCCUACUAGUCCUCCAUCUGGUGACUCCAUGGUCAUCAUUGUUCCACAGCGUGGUUUGAACGGCGAUAAUUCACCAAUGGAGCCUCUGGUUUUAUGCUCCAAUAAAAAUGCUGACCUUGAAAUUCUUCCAAUCCGAUUGCAAAUUCUUUGCAAGCCUCCUGACGUCAUACCUAACGAUCCUGUAGUUGUGGUAGGUAAAAGUUAUUUGAUCAUGAGUUGA